UCUCAACUCUAGCUGAUAGAGAGUAAGUUGUUUUACUACUAUAUAUAAAUUCCAACAUAUCCAAAUAUUCUCCAAAUUGUGUUUACAUUUUCAAAAUGGCUUCAAGUGACCCAGAGAUUAAAGAUGGAUUAAGUCUUCCAUUGUGGAUGAAGACAAGGCCUGUAAAGGAAUUUGAACCUUUUGCCUCUUCACCGCCGGCUCCAGAAGAUUCUUUUUUCUACAUUCGUUAUCCAAAAUCAGAUCUGGUAUUUGGGAAGACAAAACUCAACCAUAACAUUUCGAAUGUUAUCAGCGAUCAGACAAAAGAAGUCGGCCAGACGGCAGCCUCGACAUAUAACGCCACGAAGGGGAAAGAUUGGUCCAAACAUACCAAACCCUGCCAGGAUGUACUGCAUGGCAUAGCGCCAAUCAAUACUGCUGUCAACUCUGCAACAUCUAAGCCGAAACCAGCAGGCACGGACGAUGGGUUUAAAGGCGAAGGAGCGGCGUGUGGCACCUCUGUUGUUAAGGUGGCACACCAGAUGAUAUCGUCGAACCGUUCACCCCGAGGCUUCACAGUAGCUUCGCCAUCCGAGGAUACAACUGCUUCGGAAGGCCCGUACCGAGCGGGUCGACGCGGUAGCAGGAGUCUGCCAGCCACACCCGCGCACUCACCGCCCUCGAGUCCAAAUAGUCGCCGCAAGAUGGCAGGGAACCGUUACUUUACGUCGCCCUUUGAGCCUGCUGAAGACUCAUCUAGUCGAUCUUGGUUGACAAUGGCGCUGCUUGGGUUCAAGAAAGAUUUGGCUACAUCCACUUCUACUUUAGCAGAAGAGGAUGGUAUAGAAACCAGAUUACAAGGUACCCUCGCUGAGUCUGUUGAAAGUCUCGGCCCAGCUCCAAAAGGCAAGGAUCCAAAACUAAUUUCAAACGAAGUGUCUACUCAACAUCCAAAAUUGCUGAAACCGGCUCAUUCUUUCCGCCCAAAGCCGUCAGAAAUGCGAGAAAUGAACUUCUGGUCACCAACGUCGAUGUGAACAGAAUUAUACUUAUGUUAAUGUAAUGUAAUAACAAUUAAUAUGUAAUCCUACGUUGCUACAUUUUUAUCUCACCUUCACUUCCUAGCGACGAGCAGUCAACAAGAGUGCGAAAAGGAUAGGUUUCUUGCAUAACAACAUUAGACUAUUCUUCAUUUGUGAAUUAUUUACCCAUUGAUCGAAAAGCCACUUUGUACUACAACUUUAUUUUAAGGUGAGGGUUAACCAAG